AUGACCAUUGCACCCAGAAACAUCAGUCUUUCCUUACUGAGCACUAGCAGUGACAGCUACUUAAAUAGCCAGUCCUUUGAGGCUGAUGACAUUUGCAACGUGACAAUUAGCGACUUGUAUGCGGGCAUGCUGCAUUCAAUGAGUCGACUACUGAGUUCAAAGCCAUCGUGCAUAAUCUCCACAAAGACAUACAUCAGUCAGAACUGGAACCCCAGGAGGACGCUCCUGCGAAGGAGCAGGGUGCAGAGGAGCUCCAGUCGGAGGUCUGCACCCUCCUCAGAGGUCGGAGUGUUAGGGAACUGCGAGAACAUGCUGCACAUGGCUCGUCAUAAGACAGGCUUAAAGCUGGAAAAGGCUUUUCUUGAAGGAAGCAAACUCCAAAUCCAUAAAUCCAGUCCAGCGUGGAAGAAAUUUCAAGUGGCACCCCGGAAGCAUCCUUCAUGGACUUACUUGGAUUUCGACACAGUGUGCCAUCUUGAUUGGGAAGAUAGACUGAAGGCAUUAAAAUGGUUAAUAUCCCCUGUUAAAAUAGUUUCCAGACCAAGGAUGCUUCAGGGCCAAGCAGAGAGUUGGUACAGAGAGAUUGACAUCAGGUUUGACAAGCUCCAUCGGGAGUGUUGCCUAACUUCCAGGAAGAAGCCUCGCCUGUCUGGCCCCCCCAGGUCCUGGGCUGUGGGUGUGCACAGAGGUGGUUCUAGAAGCCCAGGUAGCUCCCAGGGCUUAGAAACCCACAGGCCGAGAGAAAAAAAAAGGUUAAGUGAGGCUUUCCAAGACCUUGGCAAAGUGCCUGUCAGAGCAGGUAGACACCCCCUAAAGAGCAAGCCCUCUUCAUCCCUGUCAGAGGACAGCUCCACAUGGAGCCCAGGCCACUUCGGACAGACACCUGGCCUUUUUCUUCAAGGACGAAAUUCUGGGCCAAUCAGAAAGGCAGUGUUACCCAGCACAGCUAUUUCAGCACAACAGAUGGGCCCUUGGGACUGCGGAAGGAGUCGCUAU